AUGUCAAACUCCAUUCAAUCGCGCUUUAUGCAGCUCCUCUUCGAGUCCGAAAUCAACGAGGCCUUAGAGUUCCUGCAGAGCACCGCUGGUAAGCAAGGCGGUUUUCAGCCGGUGAUAGACUGCGUUGCUGCGUGGCAGGACCUAAUUGACAGUUCCGACUCAGCACUGCGUCCACUGCUGGAAUGCCUGGAUGACAAUGAUCCUCUCGUUGUUCGCGGAGCUCUGCGAGUAGUGAAUGCGCUGAUUCGCCAUGCCCCCGAUAAAGCACGAGCUUUCAGGAUCAAAAAUGAACUUUCAGAGCUGUGUUACACCAACAAACUGGAGCAGUUGAGUUGCGGUGCAGAUCCGGGAACACUGAUCGAGAUCGAGCGUUCAAAUCAACUGCUACGAAGUGAAAAGGAGGACAGUGCACUUGAAAGAAGUGCUGUUUGUUGCGAAGACGUUAGUGUAAUGACAACGCCGGAUCCAUUAUGGCCAAUUCUUUCCAAUUUGCGUGCAGUACUACUGGAUGAGUGCUCAUGUAAGGAACGUACACUACUUCUGGAGAAGUUCAUCGAUACCCUCCGCGCAAUAAAAACGAAGGACGAUGCCGAAGCGGUUCUUCGAGCCUUAAAAUCAGACGAAAGCGAGAAGAAGAAUGGAGAAGAGGGCAGCACAGUAGCAGUACACCUAUAUCCAGCGAUUCACCCUGCUGCUCCGCCGCCUGCACCUCCUCCGGCACGUGAAUCGGCGCUGCUUGAGGUCCAGCCGUUCGGUACUAAGGGAUCGGUGCCACCACCUCCGCCGCCUCCACCACUCCCAGUGAUGAAAGGGACAAUGUCUCCUAGUCCUCCAGACCCAGGGCCUCCGCCUCCACCACCUCCACCAAAACUCGAUUUGGCAUCGAAACAUAGCGCUGCUGAUUUGCCCGAGUCGAUGAAGCCGAAGCGAUCUCCCAGCAAGACGCUGAAGAUGAAGACAAUUAUGUGGUCAAAGAUAACUCCGACUUCCAUCGUGAAUGGGCAAGGAACGCGAAGUGUUUGGGGAGAACUUGCCAAACAAGGUUCAACCUUGAAUUUGGACUUUGACAUGAUCGACGGCAUGUUUUCGAUUGAGCCGGCUCAAGAAACAACUCCUCAGAACUGUUCUUCGCUGAAGAUUCCGAGGAAGAAGAGCAUUCUCGUGGAUCUCCUCACUCCUAAAAGAAGUCAAAAUGUUACUAUUGUUUUGAAGCAGAUAAAGGAUCAAGAUUCGAUCAUUUCCGAUUUACACUCCAACAAAAUCGGCAACUUUGAUAUCGAGCUGUUGCGUACCUUGAAGACAAUUUUACCGGGCCGUGAAGAGGUGGACGCCUUGCGGAGAUACACUGGUGAGGUGGCGCAACUUACACCUGCGUGCUCCUUCUUCCUUCGUCUCGUAGAAAUUCCGGACUUCCGUCUUCGGAUUGAAUGCAUGCUGCUGAGACUCGAAUUCCAUCGCGUUAUGGAGGACGUGGUGCCUAGUUUACACCUACUUGAACUCGCUUGCACCGAGCUCCGGGAAUCUGCGUCACUACGUCGCCUCUUCCUUCUCCUCGUUAAUAUCGGAAAUUAUCUGAAUUCCUCUUCUUCGCAUGGAAACGCAGCUGGUUUCAAGAUGAGCUCUUUAUGGAAAAUAAUUGAUCACAAAGCUGUUAAAGGAUCUCGUUCGCUGCUUCAUCUCGUCGCCAAGCUAGACCCUACAUUGCUUUCCGGACUUGAGCUUGAUCUUCGCAGUAUAAAUAAAGCGUCAGAAAUUUCGGUAGAAGAGAUCAAGCAAAGCCUAAAGUUGCUCGGGGAUCAGUGUAGAUCUCUCAGGAUUCAACUGAAGGAAGCUAGUGGAAGCGAGUUUGACGACGUGAAAGAAUACUUAACGGAGCACUGUCGGAUUGAAUUGGAAGAAACCCAGAAGUCGCUCGAAGACUUUUUCGAAAUGCAGGAUGACAUUGCCGUCUUCUUUUGUGAAGACAGGUCUUCGUUCAAAAUUGAAGAAUGCCUUAAGAUUUUCAGGAAUCUUGUGGGAAGACUGCGUCAAGCUAUGCAGGAAAACGACGAAAGAGAGGAGCGAACAAACAGAAGAGAAUCUUUACAAACCCACCCAGAUAACACUGCAGUCGUAAAAGAAGAAGAAAGUCAGAGGAAAGAUGAAGAAACUCUCUUAUCUACUCUCGAGAAGAGUCGGACUCUUCAUAGGCGACGUAUAAAACACGAGGUACCGUUGGAUCGAGAAGCGCCGAGAGCAACAAAAGUGCGAAGGAUAAGGGAGAGCAAGGAAAAUGGUGACAGUGAAGAUGUACGCGGCGGACAACGAGGACAUAAAUCACAAAGCAGUGAGGCUCAGGACGAAAAAUUGAGCAAAAUCCGUCCUAAAAUUGCCACGCUUCCUGAAGAUGUAUCUGACCUCAGUGAUUACGUUGGAAUUCUGGAGAAGAACGGUUUUGAGUCUUCUUCCCAAAACAUGAAAGUUCCUGCGACAAUGGAUCUGGUUUUUGAAAGACAGACGAUCGUCACUUCCGCACGAUUACUCCAAAAGAGCAACCAAGAAAACGACUCACUUACACGGAUCCCUUGCCUAUCAACAGAAAGAAUAUCCGAUGAAGAACAAGGAUCCGAGCAAGAAAAGGAGAAUUCAAAAGUAUGUUCUGAGCUUGCGCCAUCAAUGCAUGAGAGAAUACGCGAGAAUUCAAAACAACGACUUCCUGGAUCGGAAAAUUCGAAAUCCAUCGCACCCAGUAAAAGUGGAAUGCGUACACGCGCACCACAUGAGAAAAGGACGACCAUGACUUUUUCCAGGAUAGCCAACGGAACUGAGGCUCAACGAAAGAACAGUACUUCAAAUCACUCAUCACAGUCUUCGCUGGAGCGCAACCCUCACACAAGGCCUGCACCACAGAAAUCGACUACACCUUCGAGCAGGCAACACUCUUCAGCGAUUGCAUCCAAAAAGCCUUCUGAUGCUGUUUCACCAUGCCAAACUUCAAGAACUUCGUCGAACGCAAGAAACAAGACCGUAGGCUCUAAUUCCACUGUGGGAAAACUGGUGUCGAAUAGAUCCAGCGACGCGAAGGGAAAUACUACAAGAGCGAAUUCUCGAAGUGUACCAGGCGUGUUGCAUCCAUCUACAAAUCGUCGCACGAGUACACCUGCAACUGUAUCGAAUGACCACCACCAACAACAGCAACAAGGAAGGAGAGUAACCCAAUUCCUGCAUAGAAGCAAAGACAUUGUGCUUGAGCGGCGAGAUGUACCUAUCAAGCCGAAUGUGUCAACAAGUUCUAGGCCUAGCAUAAUAAAAACUGGCAGUAUAUCACAGCAAAAAAACUUUCCUAAAUUGAGUGUUGCGGAAAUACCUAGGCCACUACGAAGAACUUCGAAUAAUCUACAUUCACAAGAGGCGACGCGACCAAAAUGGGUUUGA